AUGCUCAAAUUUCACUGUCGUUCAUCAUCCUGUGCGAGUUUGUUGACUCCGAGUAGUAAAUUGAAUACGACCAUUGUUUUGAAAAGAAAUAUUUCUCCUCAUCAUCAUCAAGAUUGGAAUUCAAUUAAUUUUAAUACGAAUCAUCGUCAUGAUUAUUUAGGAGUGAUCAGCAGUAAUUAUAACUAUUCAGAACGAGAGUUUCAUCAUCUUUCUGCUAUUACACAUUCAUCAUCACAAAGUAGUGAAGUAGUCACCCGAUUUGCACCAAGUCCAACUGGUUUUAUGCAUUUGGGAGCCCUCCGAACAAGUCUUUUCAAUUACUUGUUUGCUAGAAAACACGGAGGAAAAUUUCUGCUUCGUAUUGAAGACACAGACCAGAAACGUUUGGUUCCUGGAUCGAUUGAACAAAUUCAAAAUACUUUGAAAUGGGCUCAUCUCUCCUAUGAUCCUCUUGUGAUUUCUGACCCAUCCACCAAUACGACUAAAAUCAUUGACUUUGCUAUUCAAUCUCAAAGAAAUGAAAUUUAUCAAGAACAUGUUCAAAUACUUCUCGACAAAGGAUAUGCCUACAAGUGCUAUUGCACAGAGGAAAGACUUGAAGAAGUAAGAAGUAUUCGUGGACCAAGUAAAUAUGACCGUCAUUGCCUCAAUUUAUCAGAAGAAGAAAAAGAAGAAUUCUCUAAAAAAGGAAAUGGCAAAUUUACCAUUCGUAUGAAAGUACCCGAUCAUAUUCAAUAUACAGUUUUUGAGGAUCAAGUUUAUGGAAAAAUUAAGAUUGAAAAUAAGACUGUGGAUGAUCAAGUUUUGAUGAAAUCGGAUGGCACUCCAACCUAUCACUUGGCAAAUGUUGUGGAUGAUCAUGUGAUGGAAGUCACACAUGUGAUACGAGGUCAGGAAUGGAUUUCCAGCACACCAAAGCAUUGUAUCUUGUAUGACAUGUUUGGAUGGGAGCGACCGAAGUUUGCUCAUUUACCUUUACUGUGCAAUGAGGAUGGAAGUAAGCUCAGUAAGAGACAAGGACAUGCCAGUGUUGAUUACUAUAUGAAUUUGGGAUAUUUACCGGAGGCUUUGAUCAAUUUUGUUGCAUUAUUGGGUUGGCAUCCUGGUACAAAUGAUGAAAUUUUUACACUCGAUGAGCUGACUCAGAAAUUUGAGCUUUCUCGGAUUAAUAAGGGAAAUUGUAAAGUUGAUUUGGCUAAAUUGGAAUGGAUUAAUUCACAACAUAUUAGAAUGAAUAUUGAAAAAGAUAUGGAUGGAUUUAUUGAACUUUUACGACCACAUCUCGCUCUUUCGGGAAUACCUGUGGAUGAAUAUUUGAGAAAAGUUUUAUACAUUGGAAGAGAACGUAUUAAGAGAGUCCCUGAUUUUGUUGACUUUUUCAAUUACUUUUUCUAUGACGUCAAAUUAGAUACUCCCGAAGCAGUGGAAUUAUUAGAGAGUAUAGAAAAGAAAGUUCCAGACCAUGCCUCUGUGGCUCGGAAAAUUAGAGAUGAAUUAGUUAAGAUCGACAAGGCCAACUGGAAAGAAGAGUCCAUUGCCAAAGUCAUUUCAGAUUUUGUUCAAAACAAUAAGGAACAAGUCAAAGCCUACGGUAAUGUGGUAUUUAUAUUGCGAUAUUACCUUACUGGAAAGAAGAUAGGUCCCAACAUUACACAAAUCAUUGAAACACUCGAUAGAGACGUUGUCCUCUCACGUUUAGCCGUGUAA